CCUGCUUUCCCCACCAAAUACUAAAUACUUCAGUUUGCAGUCUUAUGAUUCUCAUUCUCAAUUUCAAGAACUCAAGACACUGAGUUCAGAUGACAGACUCUGAACUCGGGUAGACCGACAACCAACAGAUAGUUCGAAAGACUUACAAAUGCAACAACACAAUGUCGUCUAAUAACGGCACUGACCCUCCUUUCGAUGAUGGCUCAUCAACUGACCUCACUACCAACCCUCCUUGGCCAUUCCUAAGUCGGUUCCAACAGACGCAAAUCGAAAGGAGGUACUUCGAGGAUGGCGCAACUAUACAUUUUGAAAGAUUACCGCGCUUACCGUUCUGGGCACCCCUUUUUCUUAUGAAGGAUUCUUUUCGUGUCGUCUACGUUACCGGCAAGACUGUCCAAGCGGCUAAGAUGUCCCAGCGUCGCUUGACUGCUGACGAGGUUAACGCUACUAGUGAGGCCGCCGCCAACUCAGCCCGUUACCUUCCUUGGAUUCAUCCUGUUUCCUUGAUAGCAGCUUCUACUAUAUGUUGGAGGACAAGAAAAACCUUCAGGUUUCCUCUCUACCAGCCAAAGAAAAGACAAUUUAAUCCUCGUAUCUUUCCCACCAAACGUCUUCCCGUUUUUACGGGCGAUAGGGCUGUCGUCGCCUGGCAUGUGACUCGGUUCUUCUGCUGGUUCCCUGUAACCCUAAUCGGAUCCCUCAUUUUCUUUACCUCUCUAGCAGAAUCAUCAUAUGAAGCGCGCUUAUCCCGGGACCCGCGCCUAAAGAACUGGCUUGCAGAUGUUAAAAAAAAUCAUAUUAACAGGCUUGCUCAUAUGCAGCGGGAGAAUCAGGGACCACAGCGAAACUUUCCAGCACUUCCGGAUCCCGUUUCACAGUCUCCACGUGAUAAGUAUCCUUCAGACUCGGGAAAUGAAGUACCCCGAGAAUAUGGACAUGACACCUUUACUGGUCAGUCAGAAAGUAGCCCCAACGGAUUAGCCUCGGAAGCCAGCAGGAGUCCAUCAACAUCCUCCUCUCAAUCAUAUUGGGGCAGAGGAACCCAGUCGCAAGCGCAGCCGAGUAAGUCUCAGGGCAUGGUAUACUCGGAUUCAAGUUCGCAACAUUCAGAAGACGACUUGGAUCUGUUUGAUGACGACGAUGCUUCGCCAGUCCCAGCCGCAUUAAGGAAGGCAGAAGCGCAGCAAACUCGUGACGCCCAGGGUGGCUCUGCUUGGGACCGUCUUAGACAGCAGGCACAAUCCGGAGCUGCCCAAUGGGCUCGGGGAGAUUCAUCCGGCCAGGAAAGAGGCUGGGGCCGACUGCGGCAGGAUAAGACGCAAAAUCCCCAGGAUAAUCAGCCAAGGACAGAGGGCUUCGCAUACACGAAAGAAGACGAGUACAAAGAAGAAAAGACCUAUGAGAAAGAGCAAGCUCAGAAAGAAUUCGAUGCAUUACUAGAAGCCGAGAGACGUGGCGGGUCGAACAGAGGGUAGGACGGGGAACAUGGGUCAACGGCGGAUUUGACCUUGGUAAACAAUUAUGGACGGAGUUGGGAUAGCUUAGAAGAUAAGGUAGGAACUAAAAGCUUGUAUAAUACUAGGCAGGCAAAUAUGUCAGAAAAUAAGUGAGCAAUUCUGCUGUUAUCGAUGUUAUGGUUGUUAUGGUCUUUGACGAUAGGCGCCUACUUUAAGCUACUAAUUUCAUAUUGGGAAAUUCCGCAACGACCUAUACAAUAUCAAUC